CGCCACUUGGUAGAUCCGGAGGUCAGUCAGGUCACCGGCAGCGAGCAUCGUGCAUGGAGUUUAGAGUUUCAACCUUUCGUUAGCCGCGACGUCAGGCGGCCCAACAAACCGCCUGAAGGACUCCCGUAUUAAAGAUGCUGUCGUUCGGGCAGAGGAGCGUCGUCCUGAUCUACCAGUCGUCAAAAUGUUGUCAGAGACUUGUUGUGGCCAGCAUGUCUUCAGGACCUGUCCACCUGGAUAUCCCAGCCCAGGGGAGUCAGCAGCAGACAGACCAGUCGUCAGUGCUGCCUUCCCCUGACAGUCCCAUCCUACGUCUGGUAGACAAGAGUAGGUUACCUCGGUCCAGGUUCUCCCAGCCGGUGUACAGCUGGCUGGAAACUCUGGGAGAAAUAAAGGAUGAGAAGCUGGGAAUGGUACAGUUACACCCUGAUGUGUUUUCUACACAUCCCAGGAUGGACAUCCUCCACCGCUGUGUCAGGUGGCAAAAGUUCUACAGGAAAAUCAAUUAUGACUAUGCCAGGACCAGAGCUGACAUGAGGGGAGGUGGAAGGAAGCCCUGGCCUCAGAAGGGCUCAGGGAGAGCCAGACAUGGCAGUAUAAGGUCUCCACUCUGGCAUCUGGGUGGGAAGUCCCAUGGCCCACGGGGACCCUACAGUUACUACCAGUACCUGCCACUGAAGGAGAGGGCACUGGGGCUGAAAGUGGCACUCACUGUCAAACACAGUCAGGGUGAUCUCCACAUUGUGGAUGGGUUAGAAAUUCCCACCGCUGAUCCUGAGUACAUGGAGGACCUGAUGAGAUAUAGAAACUGGGGAAAGUCUGUUCUUCUUGUGGAUUUGAAUGAAGAUAUACCAGAAAACAUAUGUGAGGCAUCUGCACAGCUGAAGACCAUAAAUGUCAUGCCUUUAGUUGGUCUGAAUGUUUACAGCAUGCUGAAACAUGACACCCUCGUGCUGUCACUGCCCUGUGUCCAGAAGCUGGAGGACAAACUCCUGUACCAGGACCACAGACACAGCCACGGGGGCUUGGGAACAAUAUCAGGAGACAGAGAUGUGUUUACAGGGACUUGGACUGAGAAAUAGUUCUUUACCUGUACCCCCUGGGUAACUCUAGGAGGAUGUAACGUUACAUGUGCAGUGGAACAUUAACCAAAUAUCACUUGUAUAGAGAACUCGUAGAUGGUUUAAGAACUUACAGUCAACAAUUAACAUUGUAGCAGGAACCUCAAUGUAUCAUGAUGAUAAUAAACAAAUUGUAACAGGAACUUUGAAUGAUAUGAAUCAUAGCGUUAGAUGUUGUAGAGGUAACAUUAGUUUUCAUUUCCAAACUACAGCUGCUGCAGCUGUACACAUUAAAAAAGGGACAAAAGUA